AGCAGGCAGCCAGGACUCGCUAGUUUCCACCGCCGCUGCUUCACACGCUUUCUCCCGGAGAGAUGAGGCGGAAGGAGAAGAGGCUGCUGCAGUUCGCCGGGCUGCUCAUAGCGGCUCUUCUUUUCCUCCCCAACGUCGGGCUGUGGUCUUUGUACAGGGACCGAGUCUUCGACAACUCACCCGGCACAGUGGACGGACCAGGCGGCAUCCUCCGGAUACAGGGUUUGAACCAGAUGAGAAAGGUCGCUCAGGUGGGACUGGAUGGCGUGUGGCGGGUAGACUGGCACGACUACGAAGCGAUGAGGAGAGAUGCUGCUCGCUCAGGUAAUGGUGAACAGGGGAAGCCGUUCCCUCUGACAGAAUCCGACCGGGUCGACCAGGCCUACAGAGAGAACGGCUUCAACAUUUACAUAAGUGACCGGAUCUCCCUCAACCGCUCCCUGCCUGACAUCCGCCAUGCAAACUGUAAACAGAAGCUGUAUGCAGAGAAGCUGCCCAACACCAGCAUCAUCAUCCCGUUCCAUAACGAGGGCUGGUCGUCGCUGCUGAGGACGGUCCACAGCGUGCUCAACCGCUCUCCUCCACAGCUCAUCGCAGAGGUCAUCCUGGUCGACGACUUCAGCGACAAAGAGCACCUAAAGGUAGCGCUGGAGGAGUACAUGAUGCGGAUGCCAAAGGUUCGCAUCCUGAGGACCAAGAAGAGGGAGGGGCUGAUUAGGACUCGCCUGCUUGGAGCCGCUGCAGCUAAAGGAGAAGUCAUCACCUUCCUGGACUCCCACUGUGAGGCCAACGUCAACUGGCUGCCUCCACUGCUGGACCGAAUCGCCCAGAACAGGAAGACCAUCGUGUGUCCAAUGAUUGACGUCAUCGACCAUGACAACUUUGGCUAUGACACGCAGGCGGGGGACGCCAUGCGAGGAGCGUUCGACUGGGAAAUGUACUACAAACGGAUACCCAUCCCUCCAGAGCUGCAGAGGGAUGACGCCAGCGAACCCUUUGAGUCACCAGUGAUGGCAGGUGGGCUGUUUGCUGUGGACAGGAAGUGGUUCUGGGAGUUGGGAGGCUAUGACACGGGUCUGGAGAUCUGGGGAGGAGAACAGUACGAGAUCUCCUUCAAGGUGUGGAUGUGUGGUGGUCGGAUGGAGGACAUCCCUUGCUCCAGGGUAGGACACAUCUAUAGAAAAUACGUCCCCUACAAGGUCCCUGGUGGGAUCAGCUUGGCGAAGAACCUAAAGCGUGUGGCAGAGGUAUGGAUGGAUGAAUAUGCCGAAUACGUCUACCAGCGUCGGCCCGAGUACAGACACCUGUCAGCGGGUGACAUGACGGCCCAGAAGGAGCUGAGGAACCGCCUCAACUGCAAGAGCUUCAAGUGGUUCAUGAGCGAGGUGGCCUGGGAUCUGCCCAAACACUACCCAAUGGUGGAACCUCCUGCUGCUGCAUGGGGAGAAAUCCGGAAUGUGGGUAGUGGGAUGUGUAUGGAGAUCAAACACUUUGUGUCAGGGAGUCCCAUCCGCCUGGAGAGCUGUGUGAAAGGACGGGGCGAGGUGGCCUGGAGUCAUGGACAGGUGUUAACAUUUGGUUGGAGGGAGGAUAUCCGGGUGGGUGACCCCAUGCACACAAGGAAAGUCUGCUUUGAUGCCGUCUCCCACAACAGUCUCGUCACCCUGUACGACUGUCAUGGCAUGAAGGGGAACCAGCUGUGGCGCUACAGAGAGGAUAAAAGUCUGUAUCACCCCGUCAGUAACAGCUGUAUCGACAGCAGCCCAAGUGAACGGCGAGUCUUCAUGAACACGUGCGACCCCUCCUCUCUUAGCCAGCAGUGGCUGUUUGAGAGAACCAACGCCACCGUCCUGGAGCACUUCAACCGGGGCGCUAAUUGAGGCCACUGGACAAUGAGAUAAGACGUCUUCCAAAGAAAAAGGCCAUGAAACAAUGAUCACCUUUGAUCAGAUAAGACUGGAAGCUACAAGUGAAUGACGUGCCGCUUCAGAAACAUUCCCAGUGGUACAGCAGCAAGGCAGCGUGCUGGCUGAGAGCAGAAGAGCUGGUCGGACCACACCCAACAACCAGAAUACAGUCAUACAUCAUGAGCUUGUGAUGAGGAAGAAGGUAAACAAGAGACAUGCUUACCUGAGCACCAGCGCCACCACAUUUGUGAUGAAAAACUGAUUUAAAACAAAAAAGUUUAAUUCACUGUCUGCAUUCUGUCCUUCCACAGGGUGGGAGAACCACAUCGAAACCUGGUUGUCUUGUGGAAAUCCAAUAAAACAACAGAGCUCUUACAGACCUCAAGAAUUUCCAAGAGUGGGAAACACAAACACGAACUCUGCUGUAUUUAAUGGAUUGUCUUGUCACCUUGUCUUUUUCAGUUGUUGCCUUAACAAUUCCAACAAUGGGAAAUACUUGCUCCAGAUGUUUUCAUCCAAGGUACCAAAAAGCAAACGUGGGACUUUUUGCAAGAUAUGAAAAAAAAGCAAAACAUAAAACAAUCACUCCUGCACAGUGUGCAGACGCAU